UAUACCGUAUGAGUCUCAUUUCUGGUGUUUUAGGCUGAUUUCACGAUAGGUUGUUCUUGCUUGUGAUAUUUCAGGUCCUAGUACGUGAAGGAAGGUUUGGGCACGAGUUCGGGGUCGAUUGGACGAAUUUGGGACGUUUGACGAAAAGCUGAGGAAACCACACGGGCUUACCUAAAUUCCACACGGCCGUGUGGAACUCCUUUGCGCGGGCAAAGCUACAUUGGCCGUGUAAGGGCCCUUUUUGGCUGUGUGGGAUUUCCAGAGAGUUCACACGGGAAGACCUAAAUUCCACACGAUCGUGGUUUUGGCCAUGAAGCGUACCUGGAGUCACUAAAUCGAACGCGGCGUUUUGGAGAGCCACACGGGCAGCUGGGGACUUCACACGGCCGUGUGAUCGGGCAUAACUGUUUUUUUAACCCAAUUCCGGGUCUUUGAAGAGGGGGACGAUUUUCCAGAGCAAAAAUAGAGUCCUAGAGAGAGAAAAGUGCGAAGAACAAACCCUAGGAGUGAUUUUGGAGCUGGUUUCAUCAAUCAAGCUUGGAUUUCAUCCUUGGAGUGAAGAUUAACAUCCCAGAGCAUAUUCUUCCCAUUGAUAUGAGUAUGACUAUUUUGUAUUGUGUUUUCCUCUCUCUCUCUCUCUCUCUCUCUCUCUCUAUGGAGUAUAACUCUCUCUCUCUCACUUGGGUAUGAAGAACCCUAGUUCCAUGUGUUAGGGAUAUUGAUUGUAAUGACUUUUGGAUUGGUAUAUUGUGCGAUUAUAAUCGAUUGAUGCGUGAUUCAUUGAGUCAAUUGAAGGCUGAUCAACUUUUCUUGAUUUAUGCUGCAACGUGAGAUAGGUAGAAUAUGAUUAGGUUGUUAGAGCUUCUUCAAUCGGUAGUAGUGUAUCGAUUAUACGAGAGUUAGUCGAUUCACUGCUUUGUAAUGGAAUCCAAUUCCAGUAGUGGAGUUCUGUGUUAAUUGCCUCAACGUUUUAUCCCGGUGAAGACUAGUCGUCUGUCGGGUAGUUUGUCUGAGAGGGCUUGGUCAGCUUAAGAGAUUCCAAGCUAUUAUCGGAUCUUCGGCAGUUUAAUCAACAGUAAAUCAACCAAAGGAAAUUACAAUUUUGACCUAACUAAGGAGCUAGGGGACUCAUUCCCGAGUGACUCUUCCCUUGUUUAAGAACUUCGAACCAUUUCCUACUUUCUUACUGCUUUUGUUUCAAUCACUCUCACUACACUUACUCCCACUAGAUAACAGGUAGUCACAGAGUAGGCAGUAGAUAGACCCCGGGUUGAUAAAUUGAACUUGCCACUAUUCUGCAUUUUCAUUCUGCGUGUCAAGUUUUAGCGUGUCAAGUUUUUGGCGCCGUUGCCGGGGACCUCUAGUUUAUUGUAGAAACGUGAAAGUCUGUUACUUUAGCAUUUAAUUUUAUGCAUCCUAUCUUUUGCACCCUUGCUUUUCACUUGGGUAUUUUGUUUUUGUUGGUGCAGAUCUGAUACAUGGAUCCUCAUGGCUUCUCCAACCAUUGGGGGUAUCCACCACCACCCGAGUGGUAUUACCCCGAGACUUCUUGGAGCAACCAAGGAGGAGAAGACUGCGGAGUCAGGUUUCAGUACCAACCCUCCUACUACGAAGAACAAUCAGACCCCUGGGUAUUUCAAGAACAAUCUCAUUAUCAAGAAGCAUUCCUCCCACAACUAGAAGGGCCAUCAGAUCUUGAUUUAGCCACAGCCCUCAUGGGCCAUCCGGCAGAGCCAUGCUACACUCCACAGCCAGAUCCAAACUAUCACUUGAGGCUUCUCGUGGAGCAGAUUGCUCGAGUACCUGAGAGAUCCUUUCCCGAGAUGGAUCCUCAUAUCCAGGCCAUUGCCCAAACUGACUUCUCCUUUCCCUGUGAAACAGAGGAGACCCUUCGGAGCAUCAAGAAGCAAUUAGUGGUCAUUGAGAAAGCUUAUGCACAGUUUUCUCAAGACAACCUUUAUGCUAUCGUACAAGUAGAGGAGGAGGAAUAAGAAGGCAAUCAUGAGGAUGUUGAGGAGCAUACAGAGGUUGUCGCAGAAAGCUCCUAUGAUAAUCAUGAUCAAGUGUAUCCACUGGUGGUAGAUCACAAAUUUUCCCAUUUCCGCUCUGACAUGUUGGGCCCGGGCGAGGAGAUGGAAGAUGAUCUCAUUGAAGAAAUUACAUGGCGACUUGCUCUCCAAUCUGUGCUAGAACAAGAAGAAGAGCGAGAAAGGGUGAGGGAAGAAGUUGUGGAGGAUGAGGAAGAAAGCAAAGAAGAGGAAGUUCUUGAUCUUUUCCAAGGGGAGAGACCACAUUGUGAUGAAGGAAGGGGGGUUGAAGAAGCAAGUGGUGUAUAGGCCGAGGAUGAAGUAGAGGUGGAAGAGGCAUGCACCAGCCAUGAGUUACAUGUGAUAUCUCCACCAAACUUCGAGGAGCUGCUUGGCAAGGACCCAUUUGCAGUGUCUCUUUGCCAGACCAAGACCAAAUCAACAUAGAUCCUUCUUGGUGGAUGCGAUGGUGGUCAAUCGAUGGUAUCUUAUCUGUUUGGGGCAACGAGACAAGAGAAGAUGCGAAGGAGAGGUCUCGAGAGUGGAGACUUCAUCUUCCUCAAGGCCAUGAGCCAUCUUCGUCACCUAUCACAUCCCCUGCUCGUGACUUGAGACUCCACCUCAUUAAUGAGAACCUCAAUUUCUAAGAGGUUUUGUGGUGGACCAAGACUUAAGAGCCACCGUCCGGCUCAUGACGUAAAAGAAGCGCUUGUUGGGAGGCAACCCCACCACGGUUUGUUUUUAUUUUGUUUGUUUUCGGUUUCCACUUGGAACUUUGGUUUUUAUCACCCAGUGUGUUUUGAUGACUCUAGCUUUGUGGACUAUUCCAUCGUUCUGUCUGUCCCUGAUGACUGGUCCAUUUCCAGUCCCCCGUCAGUCUGUUUUCCCGGUAACAUCGUUCCCCUUAUCUUUCCCUCUGCUCCGUGUGUGUGUGUGUGUGUGUGUGUGUGUGUGUGUGUGUGUGUGUGUGUGUGUGUGUGUGUGUGUGUGCAGGGGGUGUUGAUCUAUUUUUGACUGCUAGAUGAGUUUGUGUGCUUGGAGCCUAGUCCACUGUCCAAUUUGAUGAAUUGAGGGCUCCAAGUAUUGUUCCCUACAAUACCCUGCUCAGUAUGCUUUGAAUUGACAGCCUUUAUGGUAAUAUGCAACCUAGGGAGGUAGUUGUAGCACUAUGAAGGAUGUUGAAGUAUAAGAUUUUUCCUAUCUAUUUCUCUGCUGUGUCGGUUGAUUUUGUGAACCAGUGGAUUUAGGACCGUUGAUUCAUGUGAUAUUGAUGACUCCUCUUAUGUUGUGUUGUGGACUCGUGUAUCGAAAAAGGUUCUCAAGUGUGAAAUGAAAAAGUAGUUGGUCCUCCAUGUCAAAAAUUUGAAAUUUUAAUACAUGGGGUAAGCCCAACGUGUGGCACCGCUCAUUGCACAAAAUCGGGUUUUGGAAGAGAUUUUAGUGAUCCUUGGUGGGGUAGGCCUACAAGGUGAAGCUAAGUUGUCUCUAGUACGAGUAAAAUUUUCACCGUUUGAACGGUUUGCCUACUCGAGGAUGUGUUUUUAAGGGCACGGAUAGAGCUUCCGACACCCCUUAAUUUCAUUGACCCUCCACACGAAGUGAGGAAUAAGAUUUAAAAGAAGUACUCUGGCAAGCGACGGAUGUAAAGAAAUUGCUCUUGCUCACCCAAUAAGGGCAGACCACGCAUAGAAACUGCAGUUGGAACUCCAGUAAAGUAAAACAAAAGAA